ACACGGGAACGCACAGUAAUAGAAGACCACACGUUUUUUACUGCAGGUAUGAAAUACCAAACAAGUAAAAAAAUAUGCACAUACGGACUACAGUAAGUARUACGAUACCGUACCAUUACUCGUAAUACUCCCGAUUCUUUACACGAGACGAAAGGGAUGAAUCUUGGGCUGGAAUUCAGCUGGGCAGCAUCAUCAGAAUCACGAUAUACAAUAAGGAGUACGAGCACCCAUCGCAAGCCACAUCAUGUUCGAAGAGGACAAAUAGUCGAAAUGGAGGCCACGAAAACCUCCACCAGCAAUGCUGUUCGCUCCGAAUCGUUCGAACCCGACGGCAGGACGAAAGGGUGCCUGUUCGUUURCAUUGGUAUCGUUUUGAUCUGCACUCCACUCGUUUCCUUGGCAUCCUCGUCGCUUUCCUUAUUGGCUUCCAACGACGAGAACGCCAGUGCAGACAAUAGAGAAGGACACACUACCUCGCCAUUGUCUUUGUUGAACGUCUUUUAUGAUCAGUACUGGAAGGAAAACCAUCCGUAUUGGCGUAUCUUGACGUUUCUGCCAGCGGUACUUGUCAUUUGCAUCUGCCACUGGGUGUCGCUCCGAAUUUACCUUCGUCGGUGAACGAGAUGACCGGGAUUUUUUUUGCAUUCGAAUCGGUGACAUUGUUGACAUGCCUUUGAACGGCAGCCAACACACAGCCACGAGACCAGGCAACAAGAGAACACAGGUGUUUUCGCGCUUGCAGUGACYGGGUUUGUUGGCACGUCCCGUGUAAGUGGUUCCAAAGAAACCAAACCUCGCGUCAUUCCACCUUGUAGCGCAGUGCACUACACCAGCCAUUCAUUUCGUUGUGCAUUUUCCAGCAACCCAAGACACGAAAGUUUGCCAUGAGGACAACCCGGCCCAACAGCCCUUCCUGAUGUAUAUGGAGGUUACUUACUUUUUUAACUGCAAUCCGAGCACCUAACGAAUGUGUUGAUUGUUUGGGAAUGAAUGAAAUGAAUGGUUGUAUGAUCUUGCCACACGACAAAGAACCCUUUUCAAAAUUAAGAUUCUCACGUUGUUUUCUUCCAACAUCUAUCGCUUUUUAGGCGUCAUUKUUUACCGCGUYCAGUGAAAUUUGAAUCCGGUGGRARUUGUGCAACUAUUUYAUACACGUUAGUCAUCGAAACUAUACAAACCAUUUGCACCAAUAGUCCAGACGAGACACCGAAUCCCAAAGCAGUUGACCAUUCACUUUCGGAACAAAUACAAUUUUGUGAUGGAAAUACAUCUGCAUUGCACCGUUGAAUGAUGGAAACCUGCAGAAUUGGUAACAGCCGCUUCCAUCUUGGCCUCGCCGAGCAUUUCGUUGGGUCUCAAAUCGACUACGAAUUGAAUAGGAGAGCCCUAUCACAGAGAACCGACACAUCCACCUCCCGAAGGUUGAUACUCAAUUAGUUGAUGAUAUUGCAGAUUCUUACGAACGAAAUAUGAGGCGGUAUCGGGCGUACGCUUGGUGCUCCAGGAUUGUGUUUCCCUACGCCAAGUCAACUUCUUGAAACUUCCAGGUCUUAGCUUCGUGUUUCGACCAUUAGUUURAGGUUUCGAAAUGCAUUUGAUUUCAUUUUUGUUUGGUAGCGUUGUAUCCAUGAUAGGAUCGCACUAUGUAAAUUUCAUUUGAUCGUAACGUCCCAUAAURUCGCCGAAUAAAUACCCUGGAUUGGCAAACCCCAACUGUAUUAGGUGACAUAAGCUAUUUGUACUGGUGCAUUGCGAUGCCGAUAGGUAGCUGGAUAGCUGGAUUCCACUUYAGUGAAGAGGAGAUACUAAUUUUAUUGGAUUGCUGAUUUUCGAUGUUCGUAUUCGUACCUAUCCAACGAAGUCGUAGUAUGUACCAGUCGACGAUGCCGAAUUCCGACCGAGCCCCGCGCCUGAUCCAGUACGAGUACGAGUACAGUACCUACCCGCUACGGAAUAAAGUUGAUUUCUUCUACUUUUUGUUCUCACACAAACAAGCAUGCCAUCUGCGUCGAACAUGGCUCUGGGAAAGCCGUCGUCGCCUCUGUCCCCCCGCCGAGCCGCAACCUGCAAGGACAGCAAGUCCAAUAGCAUCGCCAAGACCACCGCCACGACCGGCGACAACAAUGUUGUGCUUCACCGUGGACAGCAGCGGCGGAAGAAAGCUCGAACACGCCGAAAGAGGAAGUUGACUUGCCUGCAGCUCGGGCUGGGCAUGGGACUCGUGGCGUACGUAACGCUUCUUUACCAGGUAUUCCUGGUGGACCGUCGCGACCAGAAUGAACCGCACUGGAAAAUGAAUCGGUGGGUGCGACAACACAGAAAUCAUCGGUUUGGAAGGUUCGGGUUCAUGGAUGCAAGUGCCGGUGCAAAUGAAAACGGAAAUGCCGAUGCCGAUGCUCACGAACCCGCAGCAAACCACACAACCACCGACGACGUGCCGCGAUUGUACGCAGCGCCCCCUACUCUGCGCCUUCCAACACCCAUCAUAAACGUGGGAUUUCCAAAGGCGGGAACCAGCUCCAUCUUUUCCUUUUUUCACUGCAACGGGCUCAAGGCCCAGCACUGGCUGUGCUGCGAUCCACAAAACCACCCGAGCCGGACGGUGCGCAACAAGCUCAUGAGCAGGUGCAUGCUGGAAAAUCUGAUCACACACAGACCGAUACUAGAGGACUGUGGAGAYUACGAYGUCUACACCGAGAUCAAUGGACCGCGGAACUUUCCCGACUACUCACAGCGGACCCUGCUGGAAGACGGUAGGCUGCUGAGCCUGAAGGAAUCGAGGAGCGUGAAACUCCGCAUUUUYUUCCCGCAGCACCACCACCURGAGGAAAUCCACGACCAAUAYCCGAACGCGACCCUGAUUCUCAACCAGCGAUCGUCCGCCGAGGCGUGGAUCGACAGCGUGACCGCCUGGGACAUCGGCCUGCAAUACGAGAUCCUCAACGAAUUCUACGGCCAGAAUUCGACGCGCUUUCUGUUCGGAGCCGAUCCCGGGACAGGCCGUGGACGGAGGGUCGGGGCUACAAGGCCGCUGUCCCCCUUUGCGGCAAACAACGUCCGCGACCACCUCGGGAGGGUGCACGACCACCACCUGCAAUACGUUCGGGACUGGGUGAAGGACCGUCCCAGUCACGCCCUCGUCGAGGUCGACAUCGAAGACGACGGGGCUGGGACCAGGCUUGCGGAAGCCUUUGGUCUCAGGGACGACUGCUGGGGACACUACAACAAGAACGAGAACACCGGUGGUGGUGGCGGCAGCAGGAGGAGGAACCAGCAGCAGCGAAAUGCCGGGAAGGGAACCCAACAAAAAAUGGCGGUUUCGGGACAACCGCCGAAAGCAUUCGAGCCGUUGCCGGCGACCCACCUUGCUGGAUCUGGCGAACCUCUCGAUGGCACACCCGAUCAAACAAUCCAGAACCUCAAACAAGAGAAACUGGCGCGAAUUCUGCAAAAAAUGCAAUUGGAACAGAUCGAGGUCAACAUCACACAGCGCUUGCUAGAAGCCCGAGCAGCAGAAGUAGCAGCGCGGGCCAAGGAGCAUCCCGAACGCGACUCGGAACCUACUUAACACACUGUAUUAAGUAGACAAGUURCUAACAACCUACUAAUGAGAAACUGACGAACUUGCUAGCUUGAGAGCAAACAUGUUAUACGU